AUGUUUAGUCCAACUUGUGAGGUUUUACUCAAAAUUUUUGAGGAAGGAACUGUGCCAAUCAAAGGAGAUGCAGAUUCGGCAUAUGAGGCUAUGACGACAUUUGAGUUCAUAUUUAUCUUGCAUCUCGAAAGAGAAAUAAUGGAGAUCACUGAUAUACUUUGUCAAGCUUUACAAAGGAAAGAUCAAGAUAUUUUUAACUCAUUGAGGUUAGUUGCAUCUACCAAAUUGUUAUUGCAACUAAUGAAAGAUGAAAGUUGGGAUGCUUUGCUUUGCGUUGUUAAGUCUUUUUGUCAGGUACGUAACAUAGAUAUUCCCGACUUGUCUUCUUCCUACGUUAGGAGAGGGAAUCGAGCUCGUAAUGAGCAUAGUGAUCAUACACUUGAGCAUCAUUACCGAGUGGAUAUCUUUUAUGAAGCAAUUAAUUGUCAAUUAAUGGAAUUAGAUCAUCGUUUCAGUGAUGGUUCCAUGAAGAUGCUUCGUCUUGCUUCAACUCUAGAUCCUAAAAAUGCGUACGMGACUUUUAGAAGUCUUGAUGUACGACAACUUGUAGAGAAGUUUUAUCCUGAAGAUUUCAGUGAUCAUGAGAAAAUAAUUCUGAAAAUGCAACUUCAGCAUUAUGCUAUUGAUGUCGUUCAACAUGUAGACUAUAAGCAAUUGGCAUCUCUUGCAGAAUUGGGUCAAUGGUUGGUAAGGACUAGAAGAGAAACCACUUUUGAUCUUAUUUAUCGAUUAAUAAGUUUAUUACUUACUCUUCCAGUUUCUACCGCGACAACCGAGAGAUCGUUUUCARCAAUGAAUAUUGUGAAAACAAGAAUACGGAAUAAAAUGGACGAUGAGUUUCUAAAUGACUCGUUACUUUUGUUCAUCGAAAGGGAAGUAGCUGAAAAGAUUAGUUUGGAGGAAAUUGUGGAAGAGUUCAAGGUCGCGAAAGAUAGACGGGUUCCACUUUGA